CCGAGGCAUCCUUUGGAAAGGAAUCGCCGUCCCUGCUGCCAGCUCAUCCCCUCCAUGCAGCUCGGGAUUGUACAGUAACCACAAAGCCAUGGGGUCCCCAGGCAGCUUGGGGAGGGAGAGAGUCGCCCUUCUUCUGCUCACGGUGCUGGUUUCGACAAUGGUGCUAACUCCAACUUUGGCCAUCCACGUUUACACAGACCGAGAAGUCCAUGGCACGGUGGGAUCCAAGGUUACACUUUCUUGCUCCUUCUGGUCUAGGGAAUGGAUCUCCAAUGACAUUUCCAUCACUUGGCACUUUCAGCCGGAAAAUGCCAGAGACAGUGUUUCAAUAUUUCACUACGCCAAAGGCCAGCCUUACAUAGACAACAUAGGGACCUUCAAGGAGCGCAUUGAGUGGAUCGGGAACCCCCGGUGGAAAGAUGGUUCCAUCGUCAUCCAUGACCUGGAGUACACGGACAAUGGCACCUUUACCUGUGAUGUCAAGAACCCACCUGACAUCGUGGGAAAGUCAUCUCAGGUCGUACUCUACGUCUUUGAACACGUGCCCAUCAGGUAUGGCGUGGUGUUGGGAGCCAUCAUUGGCGGUGUGCUGCUUGUGGUCUUUGUUGUCUUGGUGAUAGCCUGUCUCAUCAGGUAUUGCUGGCUGAGGAGGCAAGCCACCCUCCAGCGGAGGCUCAGCCUUAUGGAGAAAGGGAAACUGAGGCUGGGCAAGGAUUCUUCGAAAAGACACCAUCAGCCUCCCGUUCUGUAUGCCAUGCUGGACCACAGCCGCCUCACCAAGUCGGCAAGCGAGAAGAAAUCCAGGGGAGGCCUGUGCGACUCCCGCAAAGAUAAGAAAUAGCGGUUAGCCAGCAGGGAAGGUACCCAGAAGAAGGCGGGCGAGAAAAAGGUCGUCAUGACCAUCGAGAUGGAACUGAAGAGGGACCAGCUCAAUGCCGAAGGCCUCAAGCCCGCCGUCAAGUCCCCCAGCAAGAACAGCCUCAAAAACGCCCUCAUGAACAUAAUCAAAAGUGAUUCGGAAAAGUGAUUUGAAAAAGGGUGGGGGAUACGAUGAUCCCAGCCCUCCACUUUCUGAGGAGAGAGGCCUGGGAUACUCUUCCUCUUCAUCCAGACCUCUUGGUUUUGUAUCCUGCCAUGUUUUCAUGUACUUCUAGUGAGGGGCUGAUGGGAUUUUGGCAUAUUCCUGCCAGCAAAAAAACACAGCUUAAUCUCUGUCCUUCUUUUCUCCUUCAUCUUGAUGGAGAGACCUUCGUAUCAUCUAUGUAAUAUCCAAAGCACAGGGGGUUUACACCCACUUAAGCGACUUAACGUUAUUAAUCACUCCUAGGACUUUGCGUGUACAUUAAAAUAAAGAGGCAAGUGGGGAUAGGGUAAUCCUAGCCUAGGGUUCCCUUCCCCUUACGAGGAGCCUCUUCUUAUCUUAAGUCCAGAAACAGACCGGUUUGCCCUCUUGUGACACCGGGACACCCAUUCUUUGCUACAGUCAACACAAAGACUCCCUACAGCUUUUUUUCGGAGGCACGGGUGACUCUCCCGUGUCACCCAGUGCGGUCACAGUAACACAGAGACCUCCGUGAGAAAGCUGUAGAGGGAGACAAAAACGUACACAAAGUGGACAGGAGGUUAUAUCCAUCUUAGGCCUACUCAGCCAUGCUUGUUAAUUUCAAUGGGUCAACUCUGAGUAAGACUAAUGUUGGAUAGUUUAUGCUCUGAUUUAGCAGAAAUCUGGCCUUCCCUUUAGGGUGAGUGUUCACCCUGAACUGCAGGGCUCAAACUCCCAUCAGUCACUAGGCCUGAUACAAUGCCUCAAGGGCUGGAUAAGACAAAAUAUCCCUCUAGUAUUCCCUCAAAAAUCCCAAAACAUUGGCAAGAAAGACAAGCAAAACCCCAGAAAGGGGUAUCUUCUACUGCUGUGAACGGCUGUGACACAACCCUCUUCUGCUCGGAGUUUUGAGCACAGGUGUAUUUUUUUCCUUUCCCCCCCCUUUUUAAUCCAAGGACCAAAUUUACAUAUAUAUGUCUCAGAUUCAAAAGGAUGGUUUAACUCCCUUUCAUGUAAGGUCAUGCCACCCCACUCUCGGUGGUUUACUUCAGCCCCCAUUCUGAUGUUACUCUAAGCUCAGCGGAGGAAAGAAAUGGGUGAAAGUAUUAAUAUUCUGAAAUGCAACGUAAUAUUUUGCUGGUACUCCAUCUCUGCCUACUUUUGCAGUCAAGCACAAGCUUUCUUUGCCCCAAUCCCCACAAAAAAGCACACCUCAGGGGUAUCGAUAGAAUAAGGUACUACCUGUUCUCCAUGGAAUUUUGCUUCAGACAAAUUCAGGGGUUCCUUGUCUGAGUGAAGCAUCUGAGGAAUUUCGGGAGAAAACACCACCGAAAUCCCACAGGGAGGGGGCUUCGCCCAUCUCUGGGAGGUCACCAAAGUUUGCCCAAAGCGAAAUUCUAGGCAAAUUGUGAAGGUUUGGGGCACAAUGUCUGAGGAGAGCCAAAAGGGUUUUUGAUCACAAAAAUGUCUCAGGCAGAUUUCCACACAUCCUUUCUCAAAAGUAACACCACAUUCCAUGAUUUCAUUUCCUGCCACUUCAUUGAUGUUCUGGUUCGUUUUGCAUCAUCACUAAUCCUUCAAGGGAAAUGAAGCCAUCCUUAGGACAAGCCCUUUCGACAGCGGUUAAACCUUAUAGGAUGCUUUCCAAUCCACAGGAGGGUUAUUAGUAUUAUUAACCACUGAUAUAUUUCUGUUAAGUCUUUCUCCCCUCUUCUCUCUCUCCCCUGUGAUCGAAUGCCACAUGACGUCACACGGUUAACAUCUCUUCAUGUUGAGGCCUCAGUCUGUCAUUUUCCCUGUCCUUAUUUUUGUGUGUGUAUGAUUUGUUCUUCUCCAUUUUCAGAUUAAGUCCUGUUGCCCAAGACAACAGGUUCCAAAACAAACCAAUGGCCGCCCGAAAUUCUGGGGGCAAUAGUUCUGCUAGGCCAAGAAAAUGCCAUACUGUUGAGGCACAGGUCCCACGCCAUCUUGUUACUUGUGCUUGGACAAACUACGGCACCCGCUACCCUAUCAUAUGUGCACUCCCUUCAGAAUCUCCCUUUUUAAUUGCGAGCAGAGAAAUCUAACAGCAUCAGCUUAUGGCAGGGCCUAGCAAGCAGAUUUGUCUCCAUAGAUAUGUAUAUAGCAGUCCAUAACACAGACACACACAACACUUUCUACAUGGAAGACUCAAGUGCAUUUCUGUUUGGUGUUUUGGUUUUAAUGUUAUCUAUGAUGUAUUAUGUCACUUCCUUUUGGGGGGGUAGUGGGGCUUUUCUCAACUUUGUGUACAUUCUCUCAAAAUCAGCAGCAACAACCAAAAAAAAUUGACAUAAUUAAAAAAAGUUAAUAAAAAGACUGACAUUUCUGUAC